AUGGAGGCGCAGUCGCUGCCCGCGGCCCUGGCGCUGGUGGCCGGCGGCGGCGCGGGGCUCAGCCCGGAGCGGCAGGCGGCUCUGGGCGCCUCGCUGCCUCUGGUGCAGCGCGACUACCGCUUCGAGCGGGUCUGGUUCUGGGGCUGCAUCCAGGGCGUGCGCGGCGCCUACUACAUCGCCGAGGGGCUGGGCCCCGACCGCGCCGCGCCCCGCAGCCGCCUGUACAGCUUGAACUGCUUGGACUGGAGCCUCCUGACGCCAGCUACCAAGGAGAUGCUUGCGCUGGCUGAGCAGGUGAAGGGCCGCUUUCAGGGAGAUCCUUCUUUUGAGUACAGCUUGUCUGAGAUAAACGCAGAAGCUGCUGCAAGACUGAUGGAAAGUGGUAAGGAGCCUGUGAUGAAGGAGGAGGCCCGUCUCAUAGCUACAGUCGAGCUGAUAGACAGAGAAGUUGGUAUCGUCCCCCGGGGGGCAUUUGUGAAGACUCCUCUCGGGUCUGUGUAUGAAAACAGACACUUUGAAGGUCUGUCUUUGGUGGAGGCAAAAAAAUUAAGUUCCUAUUUCCAUUUCACUGAGCCUGUUAACCUGAAGAAUAAAACUCUGCUGGAAAAGGCUGACCUGGACCCAUCCACCGACUUCCUAGAUUCUCUGGAGCAUGAUAUCCCACGAGCAGCUCAAGUCAGCCUGUCAGAAAGCAGGUAGGUAUUCUUGCUGUUCACUGAGUUCCACAUUUGCACAUGACUGAAGAGGAUACUUUGAAAGGUAACAGAUCAGAGAUGACACAAGACUUGCAUAUAACAAACAUAUGGAACUUGCUGCUGAAGGAGACAGAGGAGACAGUGGUGUCAAAGAAACUUUUGGUAAGUACAGAAAUACAAAGUGAAGAGUUAGGUAACAGGUGAGCAGCACAACUCGCAACACCUGGUUUUACAGGGUUUUGAAAUAUAUUGUUCCUUUCUGAUUCUGAAGCCAUCAUAUAAAUAUUUCCCCUCAACUUACCUCCUUUCCUCAGCUACUGUAGCUUGCCAUGAACUGCACGAGAGAACAUCUACUGCGAGGGAGCACGCAAGAGCCCAAGGCUGCACAAACGCGGAUUGCCCAGCUAGCUGCUGCCUUGUGGCUGCCAGGCAGGCCUAACAGCCUGUGCUUCCUUGCAGCUGCUGGCAGACCAAAGCUCCAGGAGCUGAAGUCAGCCCUUGGGCCACAUCCCAGGGAGACCUGCUGUAGGAACCUGGGGUGUUAAAGCCCUUCAGCCCUUUGUCGGAUGUGACUAAAAUUGGCCAAGAGUCACAAGUGAGUGGGAGCAGGAGGACAGGCAGCUGACAGCAAUCACAGAAGCCCUUCCCCAGGCUAACCGUGACAUGAGUAAGCAUGAAUCAUAGCAUAAAUUGAUGAGCUUAAAAUUAAUGAGCCUAAAAUUAUCUACAAAGAUGAAUACUGCCUAAAUGGCCCAACACAUUAUGUGCUUUCUGCUUAUUCUGGAAUUGGCAGAUUUUGGCUUUGGAUACAGAUAGGCUGACUGCUUGACUCUAGGCCAGUGGUAGCCUAACAGUUCCAACCAAAUUUUUUAACUUGGGCCUGCUCCGUUUUUUUCUUUUUUUUUUAAGAUGGAGAUUCAGCAAGAACCUUCUUCCCUACAUUGUAGCUUCUAGGCAUUACUGAUUUGGUGCUGAAGCUGGUAUUUUCUUCUCCUGGCAGCUCCUUGCCCUCCGGCACUGAAUCCAAGCUGAUGGUUCAGCCCCCUCCCUCUGGCACAAUUCCCAAGCUGUCAUGUCAGAUGCAAAAUAAAUACUCAGAGGCUCUGAGCUCCUUGCAUCCAGAAGAAACUGCAUUUUCACACUGGCUCUGAACCUCUUCUGUGGAGCCAAAACAAAAUUAAUGUGGAAACUAAUCCCUUUGCCCCUACCACGCAUAUCCUCUUCAACAGUGGAGCCAAGAAAGACUGAAGAGAAUUAACCUUUUCCAUAAAUUUCUCAGAUAGGAAAUACCCUACUUUUAAUUUUCUUUUUUUUUUUCCCAGUUGCUGCAUCAGAGAAACCAGUCUUCCCUGAAGGAGGAAAGCACCUUCUUUCUAUUCCCACUACUAAUGCUAGUUUAUUUUAAGGACAAAUUUCCUACCUAUGCAGAAUUGCUGUAGCUCAUCUUGGCUCUCUGUAGCUAUUAGCUACAUCAAGUAGGUGGCAGAGCUUGUUGGAGUAACUGCUGCCCACUCAGAAACAGCCAAGAAUAGCUGCAGCCUCUCCUGGGGAUCAGCUACACCAGUCUGGGGCUUGAGGGUCCCUUCCUGUGACGCAUAUGACAUUACCACCACAGCCAUGGGAACAUGCUACUAUGUGAACCCAGACAGACAUCUGGAAAUGAGGGCAGCCUGCAGUGCUGAAGUGACAAAAGGAAAACAGGGCAUCGAGGUUUAUGUUCUCCCCAACUUCCCUCCUUUCAGGUGUCACCAACUCCUUGCAGCCUUGCGCCCUCUUCACUGGUCAGGCAGAACCCAUAGCAGCUCUUCUCUCAGCUUAGGGUAACUUGCUGCAGAACACUGCCUCUUUCUCUUUUCCAGUGAUUCACUUGCACAUCUUCUCACAGGCUCUUGGAGUAUCCAGCUGGAGAAGGGAGGCACUGUGGUGGUGCUGCGGAGCCUGCUGUGGCUGGGCCUGACAUUCUACCAUGUCCCAAUG